AAUCUGGUCACCUUUUGAUUGACGUUCUGUUGAAUUGUGUAAAUUGAAAUUUGACAAUGGUGACAGGUGAACCGUCAGGCGUCAACCACCGUCAAACGACUGCCAAAUUCCGUUUUUCUUAGCCUUUUCAUUUUUUGACAACUUGUAAGCAAAAGGCUGAAUCAUGGCCCCAAGAAAAAACAAAGUUGCGAAAGAAGAGGUUCAAGUUACCCUUGGACCACAGCAUCUGGUCGGUGAAACAGUUUUCGGAGUGGCUCACAUAUUUGCCUCUUUCAAUGAUACUUUCGUUCAUGUUACUGAUCUAUCCGGUAGAGAAACUAUAGCCAGAGUAACAGGAGGUAUGAAAGUGAAGGCUGAUCGUGACGAAGCUUCUCCUUAUGCUGCUAUGUUGGCAGCUCAGGAUGUUGCUGAGAAGUGCAAGACAUUAGGUAUCACAGCCCUACACAUUAAAUUACGAGCAACUGGAGGCAACAAAACCAAAACUCCAGGACCUGGGGCACAAUCAGCUCUCCGAGCCCUUGCCCGUUCUAACAUGAAGAUUGGUCGCAUUGAGGAUGUCACACCUGUCCCAUCAGACUCCACUCGCAGGAAGGGUGGUAGACGAGGACGCAGGCUGUAAUCUUUUAGUGUAAGUCAACUGUGGAUUAAAAUAAAUGAUUUAACAGUUA